AUGCUGCCGUCUGGAUUGACGGCGAACGUCUUGCCGCUGUCUACCACCGACCCGUCGGGACCCACAAUGGUGCCGUUGGGAGGAGUCGAUCACCGUGCCGUUGGGCAGCAGCGUGUAGUCCUGCCCCAACGACACACUGCCGUCAGGGUUCACGCCUCCGCCGCUGCCAGUGCCUCCGCCGCUGCCAGUGCUUCCGCCGGUGCCCGUGCUUCCGCCGGUGCCCGUGCCUCCGCCCGUGCCCGUGCCUCCGCCGGUGCCCGUGCCUCCGCCCGUGCCCGUGCCUCCGCCGGUGCCCGUGCCUCCGCCGGUGCCCGUGCCUCCGCCGGUGCCCGUGCCUCCGCCGCCGCCCGUGCCUCCGCCGCCGCCCGUGCCUCCGCCGCCGCCCGUGCCUCCGCCGCCGCCAGUGCUUCCGCCGCCGCCAGUUCCUCCGCCGCCGCCAGUUCCUCCGCCGCCGCCAGUGCUUCCGCCGCCACCAGUUCCUCCGCCGCCGCCAGUGCUUCCGCCGCCGCCAGUGCUUCCGCCGCCGCCAGUUCCUCCGCCGCCGCCAGUGCUUCCGCCGCCGCCAGUUCCUCCGCCGCCGCCAGUGCUUCCGCCGCCGCCAGUUCCUCCGCCGCCGCCAGUUCCUCCGCCGCCGCCAGUGCUUCCGCCGCCACCAGUGCUUCCGCCGCCGCCAGUUCCUCCGCCGCCGCCAGUUCCUCCGCCGCCGCCAGUUCCUCCGCCGCCGCCAGUUCCUCCGCCGCCGCCAGUUCCUCCGCCGCCGCCAGUUCCUCCACCGCCGCCAGUGCUUCCGCCGCCGCCAGUGCUUCCGCCGCCGCCAGUUCCUCCGCCGCCGCCAGUGCUUCCGCCGCCGCCAGUGCUUCCGCCGCCGCCAGUUCCUCCGCCGCCGCCAGUGCUUCCGCCGCCGCCAGUUCCUCCGCCGCCGCCAGUGCUUCCGCCGCCGCCAGUUCCUCCGCCGCCGCCAGUGCUUCCGCCGCCGCCAGUUCCUCCGCCGCCGCCAGUACUUCCGCCGCCGCCAGUGCUUCCGCCGCCGCCAGUGCUUCCGCCGCCGCCAGUUCCUCCGCCGCCGCCAGUGCUUCCGCCGCCGCCAGUUCCUCCGCCGCCGCCAGUUCCUCCGCCGCCGCCAGUUCCUCCGCCGCCGCCGGUGCUCCCGCCGCCGCCGGUGCCUCCGCCGCUACCCGAUCCGCCCGUCGGGUUGAAUGA